AUGUCUGCACCAAGCUCCCCCAAACCCUCGUUCGAGAGCCAAGGACGACCUAGAUCCAGCGAUCAUACGACUCCAGCUGCGGGGUCCGGUCAUACCCGCAGCCUUUCCGGUGACGUUCCUACUCGAGACAAAAGUCCACGGCGAAGAUCAAUCCAAUUCAGCGUAGGCGCUGCACAGUCUCAGCUACCAACUCGGUCGUCAAGCAUCAAAUCAAACGUAAAGGAGAAACGGCUAUCAUACGGAGAUACCCCGACGAGGGAUCUGGAAGAAAAAGAGAGGGAACAUAGGGCUGCACAACUGAACAGAGGGCCGUCCCCUCCCCCUCCUAAGACCUAUGAAAGAGGUGUAUCUUUUGACACCUUCGAUAAUUUCGACGCCACCGAUUUCUCCCUCACCCUGAACUACAAGCAUAAGGGAUAUCAGAGCACACGCCGAAGCAGAACGUUCCUAUGUGGCACGGAUCAAAACGACUACUCUGAAUUUGCCCUCGAAUGGCUCAUCGACGAGCUGGUGGAUGACGGCGACGAGAUCGUCUGUCUCCGAGCGGUGGAGAAGGAUUCGCGUAUCGCCACCGAUAUUGCGAUUGAAGAGCGGAAAUACCGCGAGGAAGCCGAGAAGCUAUUUGAGCAGGUAAUACGGAAAAACAGCCAGGAUGAAAAGGCCAUCAGUCUGGUUCUGGAACUUGCAGUGGGCAAGGUUGAAAGCAUCAUCCAGCGCAUGAUCCGCAUAUACGAACCCGCAAUGCUCGUGGUCGGCACGCGGGGCCGCAACAUGAAAGGCGUGCACAGUUUACUCCCAGGCUCCGUGUCUAAAUACUGUCUUCAACAAUCUCCCAUCCCAGUUAUCGUCGUACGCCCAUCCCCAAAGCGCGAAAAGAAGAAAAACAAGCGCCGCGCGGACCCCACGCGACGCAGUUAUAACCAUAUCUUGGAACUGAGCGAACAGCGCGGAAGCCGCAUAUUCGGCGCCAGCUCAAGUAACGAUAGCAGCACCUCCAAGCUGCCAGACGAAGAGGCCGCAGUCGCUGAAGCCUUGGGUCUUCCGGCCUCAUACUCAAACGCGAACUCGCGCAGCUCACUGUCAGUCUCAGACCGAAGCAGCAUCAGCCACGAUGAUUCCGACUCCACAACUCCUGCUCGGAACUCGCUUGAUGCUGUCGUCAUGAAGAGCCCUAUCGAUAGUCCGGCAGAUAGCUCCCAGGAGAGCGUUGCCGAGACCCAGCCCACGGGCGGCGCCGAAAAUGACUCCUCAUCUGACUCGUCCUCCACGGAAGGCGAGAAGUCGGACAACGGCGCGGAUACUAAAUCAGUUUCAAUCCCCUCUAUCGAAGUGUCUGGGGACAAUGAUCAGAACGGAUCUUGA